CCCAUGUUUGUCUGUCUGUGUCUCUCAGGUAUGAACGCGGCUGUGAGGGCCACAGUCAGAGUUGGUCUCUACACUGGAGCCAAAGUCUACUUUGUUCAUGAGGGUUACCAGGGUCUGGUGGACGGAGGAGACAACAUCAAACUGGCCACAUGGGAGAGUGUGUCCAUGAUGCUGCAACUGGGUGGCACGGUCAUCGGCAGUGCCCGCUGCAUGGACUUCAGAGCCAGGGAGGGCCGCAUGAAGGCUGCCCUGAACUUGGUCAAGCUGGGCAUCACCAACCUGUGUGUGAUCGGGGGUGACGGUAGUCUAACCGGAGCUAACCAGUUCAGGACGGAGUGGUCCACUCUGCUGGUCGACCUGGUCAAAGCCGGACAGCAAAGGGCCAGAGGAUGUCGUCUGAAUGUGAUCAUUGUGGCAGAGGGAGCUAUGGGCAGAGAUGGAAAACCCAUCGGCUCUGAAGACAUCAAGAAGUUGGUGGAGAAGAAUUUGGGCUUUGACACCCGUACCACUGUCCUGGGACACGUGCAGAGAGGCGGUACCCCCUCCGCCUUUGACAGAAUCCUGGGAAGCUUUGAAAAACCAAACUUGGGAACAAACAUACAAGAUGCUAGCCCACAGGUCAACCCUCCAGAUACCAAGAGCAACAUUAAUGUGGCCAUAGUUAACGUCGGUGCCCCCUGUGCUGGUAUGAAUGCUGCCGUGCGUUCUGCAGUGAGGAUUGGAAUCAUUCAGGGACACAAUAUGCUGGCCGUUCAUGACGGGUUUGAGGGUCUCGCUCACGGAAAUAUUGAGCCCAUCACCUGGACAGGAGUGUCAGGCUGGACUGGGAAGGGAGGCUCUGAGUUGGGCACCAAGAGAGUCCUGCCUUCUAAGUACAUUGAGGAAAUCAGCUUGACUAUUGCUAAGUUCAAUAUCCACUCUCUGGUAAUAAUUGGAGGGUUUGAGGCGUUUAUGGGUGGUCUGGAGCUGGUGACAGCCAGGGAGAAGUAUGAGGAGCUGUGCAUUCCCAUGGUGGUCAUCCCCGCCACUGUCUCCAACAACGUACCCGGCUCCGACUUCAGCAUUGGAGCUGACACCGCCCUCAACACCAUCACCUCGACCUGUGACAGGAUCAAGCAGUCAGCAGCAGGCACCAAGCGUCGUGUGUUCAUCGUUGAGACCAUGGGAGGGUACUGUGGUUACCUGGCUACCAUGGCUGGUCUGGCUGCUGGGGCUGAUGCUGCAUACAUCUAUGAGGACAAGUUUGGAAUCAGGGACCUCGAGAUGAACGUAGAGCAUCUCGUGCAGAAGAUGAAGACAGACGUGAAGAGAGGUUUGAUUCUCAGGUGGUCUAACUCUCCCUUCUUUCCUCCCCUCUCUUUUCCCCCCCACCUUUGUCCUAUUCCCUCUCCCCAGGGUGGAACCCCGACACCUUUCGACAGGAACUUUGGUACAAAGAUGGGCUCCAAGGCUGUUCUGUGGCUCACAGAGAAACUCAAGGAGGUGUACAGACAUGGUCGUAUCUUCGCUAACACCCCAGACUCUGCCUGUGUGCUGGGCAUGAGGAAGAGAGCACUGACCUUCCAGCCGUUGGCUGAGCUUAAUGAACAGACAGACUUCGAGCACCGCAUCCCCAAGACAUCGUGGUGGCUGAAGCUGAGGCCAAUCAUGAAGAUCUUGGCUAAAUACAACAUCAGUCUGGACACAUCUGAGCAUGCCCACAUGGAACAUGUGAUCAAGAAGAGGGUGUCGAUGCCUGCACCACUGAUGAAGAAGCACAAAGAAGAGGUAGAGGAGGAAGAAGAAUAGGGGGAAGAGGAGGAGGAGGGAGAGGAAGAGGAAGAAGAGUAAUUAAUUUUUGUUUCAAAUAUGUGUGUUUUACAUGUAUGUUUCUGGAGUAAUUAAUCAUCUGAACCAGAGUUACAUUAUGUUGUGCCCGUUGUUUCCUGUCUGAUCUCCUUGAUCUUCUCAACAAUUKUUCCUCACGCACUCUGUCUUCACGUCUCAAUCAGUUAACUCGGUGGGCUGCCCUGCACUGGGAGACAGUUUUGCCUUUCGUCAAGAAUUAAACACAUGUUACUAUUUUGA